CCCCGCCCUCCUUUUCCCUGAUUGGCCUUCGUGGCGGCGGGCCGGCGCACCACCCGCCACUCCCAUUGGGCAGCUUGUCUCGCACCGCCCACCUCGUGUCAAGAUGGCAGCCGCGGGCCGUCUGAGGUGUCUGCGGCUUGUUCUAUGGAGGUUGUGGCAACCCGUGAGAUGGCCCCAAAAUUCAAAUUUGGCAGCGGGUCAGGCUUUAACCGCGAGGACUUAUUCCCGGGGCGACGGCUCGUACUCGCGCACGGCGCUCUAUGACCUGCUCGGCGUCCCCUCCACAGCCACCCAGGCGCAAAUAAAGGCGGCUUACUACCGGCAGUGCUUCCUUUACCACCCGGACCGCAACUCCGGGAGCGCCGAGGCUGCCGAGCGCUUCACGCGCGUCUCCCAGGCGUACCUGGUGCUGGGCAGUGCCACCCUCCGUCGCAAAUACGACCGCGGACUUCUUAGCGACGAGGACCUGCGGGGCCCCGGCUUCCGACCCACGACGCCGGCAGGCGCCCGCGACCCGCCGCGCUCCCCGCCGGUCUCCUCUCGGGUCCGCGGCGCCGAGCGGGCCGCCCCGGGCCCCGGCCGCACCUUGUUCGAUUUCGACGCCUUCUACCAGGCGCACUACGGGAUGCAGCUGCAGCGCGAGCAGCGCCUGCGGGCCCAGCGGGAGGCCCUGCGCAAGUUGCAGGAGGACCGGGCCAGGAAGGGCUUCCGCUGGGACGAGACCCGCGACACCGCCGGCGUCUUGCUGCUCUUCCUCAUCUUCAUCGCCGUCGGCCUUCGUAUUUAGUCGGAGAGAGGAGGGCAGGGGAGCCUCUCCAGCCGGCCCCAAGAUUACGUCCUCUGCUGUCGCACUGGCCUGCCCCUGCUGGGCUGCGAAGGGACAGUGCCCUCCUGCCCUCUGCCGCCCCGAUGACUUGCACACCGCCCCCCCGUGGUCCAUAGAAGGAGGCCGGUGAUGCCCAGCACGGAGGCCUCAGGAUGAGGUCCCGGAAGCCCAGGACGGAAGGGUCUUCCGAAGUCCCUGCUUUUUGAGGUUGCCUUGCUGGUGUUGCCAACUUCCCCAUCGCUUGCUCCGGCUUCCUUGUAAAGCCCUGAGCAAGAUUCGUGGCUCCUGCCCCCCACCCCACUGAUUCUGGGGUUCCUUCUGUAACCUUGAAACGUCCAAUAAGGCCAGUGUUAGCUGCCAAAAGAAAAAUUCUGGGGUUGUCUGAAA